GACAUGGAAAAGUUUAGUACAAUACUAAAUAAAAAAGCCUUUUAGGCAUUUGGGUUGGAAAAAAUAUCAUAUAAUGUACUAUGAAAUUACAAAUAAUUUCAAACGGUAAAUCCGUCUCUAGGCAUACACGAUACUAUCGCAUCGAAUCAGCUGGUUGUUGAUGCGAUAUUGAAAAGUUUAGAGAAAAAAAACGGAACUGCGUAGAAAUCAAAUAGCAGCCGUUUGGAUUGUAGUAACAUUAAAAAAAAUCUAUUCAGUCGGACUUUACAAUAAGUGGUGGCUAUAACUCAAACAAAAUUCCACGUUAAAUUUUAAAGCUAUACGGAACCCGGCAUUAUCCGUAAACGCCCGCAAGGCGCAGCUCUUCCAGGGAAGCGAAGAAGCCUAUGAUAUAAUAAUGUCGCGCUCUUUGAGUCGCGUACUGGGCACCUUCGUCCCCUUGCCCGUUCCCGGGAAUCAGGGAAGCAAAAGACUGACACCUCUGCGCGGACUUCUUGGCGCAAAGGUAACCAUGAGCACCAUCAUCCCAGUAGCUAACUACUCCAAACGGAACGGACCACCCUCGGAUGCUGGCGAGGCAUUCAAGACAGUGUCAAAGUCGCGGGAUCUUGACGGCGACGAUGAUCUAAACAGCCUGGAGAGCGAACCCAAUUGGGAACUUACAGCUGCCAGAAGCAACCGCUUCUACCUGCCCAAUGCCACUGGACCAGCCUGGCAAGGUGACACAACCACCGUCGGCCUGCUCACUCCGCUCGCCCAGUUGGUCAACUUCCUCAAGGAAGCCAAUGUAGACAAAUCGCGCCUCGAAUUCACCUGCUGCCAGUGCCCCAUGCUUAUCCGAGAGUCUCUUGUAGAGCUCUUUCCUGUUCGCGUCGUGGCUCAGCGAGAUUCGCCAAUCACCAUGCUAGUCCUCAGCUACGAAGGAGACAUCGAAAUGGGCGCCGCCAAGUUUGUGCUGGCUGCUCGCGACAUGUGCGAUCGUCUUUUGUCGCUGGGCUACUGGGCGGACUUCCUAAAUCCGUUUAGCGGACGACCAUACUUUAUGCCGCGGGACGGGACAAAUCUUUACAAACAGGACCAUCGCUUCCGUGGUCUAAACAUGCGGCUUUCUCAGCAAAACCACUGCACAGUGAUUGCCGCCGAGGAGAACGAUAGCACCCACUUCUCGGGUACCAUCUACUGUACGGCGCCGAAUCACUAUGACCAGCUGGUGGAGCUACUAGUGCCGCCCCCACACAAGAUGUCCCAAUGACGCUGGCCAUUAGAGGGUCGCCGAGUAAGAGUUGCAGACGUUGAGUGGAAUGAUGAAGUUAAAGCCUUUUAGUGAUGAUGACUGUGUUAACUGUUUAGGUUUUCUGUUCCGACAUUGUAUAUAGCCGACAAAUGCUUGUGUUAUAUAUGCUGCGAAAUAUAAUCGAUAAGAAUGUUAAAA